AUGUACUCCUCGUCGAAUAAUUUCCUCGGGGGUGGUGCCACUGGCCGUCCCGGCCAGGCACCAUUCAUGCAGCAACAGCAACAACCCCCCUACUCGCAAUUCCCCCAGGGUCAACAACCAUCAAUUCAACAGCCCCAGCCGACCGGAUUCGCUCCACAGCCGACUGGUCUUGCUCCACAACCCACUGGUUUUGCUGGCCAGCCCUCGCCGUUUGGUAACCAGCAGCUCCAGCCCCAAGCCACUGGUUUCCCCGCUGGUCAACUCCAACAACAAUACACCGGAUUCCCCGGCGCUGCUCCCCAGCAGCAACAAGCGCAGAGCUUCCAACCGCAAUAUACUGGAUUCGCACCUCAGAACCAGGCGCAGCAGGCGCCACCACCAGUCCCUCAAAUCCCGACUCGCUUCAAGACUUCGUCUGACAUUGCGAACUCUUUCCAAGAUGCUGGUUCUGGAGCACCUCCCCAGGUGCCGCCGAAGACAGGAUCGAAGAUCCCGAGCAUUCGGCUGUCAUUCAUCACGGCGCAAGAUCAGGCAAGGUUCGAGCAGCUCUUCAAGUCAGCCGUAGGCGACAGCAAGACGAUGGAUGGCGACAAAGCGAGAGAUCUUUUGAUGCGCUCGAAGCUCGGCGGCGCCGACCUUUCCAAGAUCUGGGUUCUGAGUGAUUCCACUAAAUCUGGACAGCUGUUCUUCCCUGAAUUCGCACUGGCUAUGUACCUCUGUAACCUCCGGAUCACCGGACGCGAACUCCCUCCCUCUCUGCCCGAAACGAUCAAGAACGAGGUUUCUAGCAUGGUCGACAUCAUCUCCUUCGAUGUCCCCGAUACACAGCCGCAGGCGCCCCAGCAGCGAACCAACGUGCCCAACUUCGAUGCGCCCCUCAUGGAAAGCAGUGCUACGCCCCCGGUCGUUCAACAGCCUGUUCCGCAGCAACCGAAUAAUGCCCAACUUCUGUCGCAGUUGACAGCGCAGCCUACCGGGUUCUUCCCCCAGCAGACAGGCAUUCAGCCACCCGCUAUCCAACAACCCCAGGCUACAGGAUUCCCUGGACAGAACCAGUCUCAGUUCCUUCAGCCCCAGCAGACUGGAUUCCUGAGCAACCCUCAGGCUACUGGAUACACUGGUCCUCGGCCUCCAAUGCCGCCCAUGCCCACUGGCUUUGGCUCUAGCUUGAGCCCUGGCCAAGCUGGCGGUGCUCAGGGCCUGGGAGUGCAACCAACUGGUCUGACCGCACAGCCCACUGGUAUUCCGGGUCAGUGGGGUUUUAUCAACACCCCCGCGCAGGGUUUGCCCAACAUUGACGCCAUGAAGCAGCAGCUCAUGCCUCAACCUGGCCGUGAAGGCGGCUUCAGCACUGCUGGUCUUUCAGGAAACGCCACUGUUGCUUGGGCCAUUACUAAGGAGGAGAAGAAGAUCUACGAUGAUCUCUUCCGUGCUUGGGACGGUCUUCGCAAGGGCUUUGUCAGUGGUGAAACUGCCAUCGAAAUCAUGGGCCAAAGUGGCUUGAACCGAUUGGAUCUGGAGCGCAUCUGGACCUUGGCCGAUCCUCACAACCGUGGCCGUCUUAACAUGGAUGAGUUCGCUGUGGCUAUGCAUAUGAUUUACCGUGCUCUGAACGGAUAUCCUGUUCCUAACCGCCUGCCACCCGAGCUUGUUCCUCCUUCCACGCGCCACUUGAACGACUCCAUUGGUACAGUCAAGUCGCUGCUCUCUCAGGAUGCAGAGAACCGCAAGGCUACUGGUGCAUUCCUGCAGCCACAGAAGACCGGCGUCAGUUAUCUGAAGGAUCACUCCUUCCGUGGCGGCGCAGGUGGCUCAUCUACUGCCAGUCGCAAAGAUGCGACCAUGUUCAAGAACAAUGACUCCGCUGGAGGAUACCGCUCGAGCGCACGCCGUCGCGUGGGUAACGAAGCUCGAACCCCCUCCCCUGCUGCCUCUGGCGCCUCGGAUGAGGAGUUCUCUGUAGAUCAGCUUCACAAAAAGAUUCGUGAGGCCAAGGUCAUGCUGGACGCUGCUGAUUUCCAGGACGAAAACCGGGCUGAGGAUGAUGAUCAUCUGGAUCGCCAGGACCGUCGCGAGGCAGAGAGUCUCAUGGAGCGCAUUCGUCGUGUCCAGGAUGAUCUCGAUACCCAUCCUAAUGCCGCGUUCCGCCAAGUGGACAGUGGAGCGGAUCGCAGGGCUCUUCGUCGUCAAUUGCAGUCCUUCGAGGAUCAAGUUCCUCAGGUUGCAUCUGAUGUUCGUCGCCUUGAGCGCGAUAUUGCUGAUGCCAGACUUGAACUGUUCCGUAUCAAGGAUGCCAAGGCACACCCCGGAGGCGCUUCCAACAUCAUUGGUACUGGACCCGGUGGAACUGUGACCGAGGCGGACCGCAUCAAGGCCCGUGCUCGUGCUCGUAUGCAAGCUCGAGCUGCAGAGCUCGCUGGUCGACCCGCUCCCGCGACGGAAGACGAUGACGGCCAAGCCGCUCACCGUCUGGAAUCUGAGAGUACUAAUAUCAAGACUGAGCGUGAGCGCAACGACACCAUGACCCGUGAUGUCGAGGAAAGCGUGCGUGAUUUCGCUCGCAGUUUGGAAGACAGUCUCCGUGACCAAGGUUCAAACUCCACACGCGAACACGAAAAGCGUCGUUGGGAAGAUGCUUUGGGCGUCGAGGAUGUCAUCCGCGAUUUCAUCUACGAUCUUAGCCGUAAUGCCCGGACUGCGAAUGUUCGCAAGCAAGAGUACGUUAUUCUCGCGCAUAUAAUAAUCGAUCAACCGCUGACCAAGAAUAGACGAGAGAGACCUUCGCCUGAUGUUUCUUCUCGCGCAUCUCCAGCGGCUGAAACCUCUGCCGCGCGUCCUUCCAUGCCUGCAUCUGUGGACUCCUCGGGCUCAAUUCCCGGCAACACACAUGAUGACCGUGUGGCUGCUGCCCGAGAGCGCGCCCAGAAGCGUAUUGCGGAGCGUAUGGCUGCCGCAGGCCUCAAGCCGAAUGAUGCAAGCGAGACUCUCUCGCAACGCCAGGAGCGCGAGAGAAAAGAGCGCGAGGACCGUGUUCGUCGCGCCGAAGAAGAAGAUGCCAAGCGCGAGGAAGAGAGACAGCGUCGUCUAGCCGAAGAGCGUGGUGGUCCUAGUGCCGCAGCUCCCAAGCCGGCAGGCAAGAAGCCACCCCCAGCGCCGCCAUCCCGCCGCGCCCGGACAGAUAGCGCUGGCCAAGCCGACGCGAAGAAAGCAGAUGAGUCCGCUAAGCUUGAGCAAGCUGCCCGCGAGCAAGCCAUCAAGGAAGAGCAAGAGGCCCAGGAGGUGGAGACCAAGCGUCUUGAAAACGAGGCAAGCCAGCGUGAAAUGGAAUUCCAGAAGGAGAAGGAUGCCCAGGCAGCUCGCCUGCAAGCUCUCGAGGAACAGGUUCGCCAAGGCAAAAUCAAGAAACAAGAAGAGAAGCGCCGCAGAGAAGAAGCAAGCCGACAGUCUAAAGAACAAGAAGCUGGCCUUGCCGCCCAACGCGCAGAGCUGGAGGCGGCCAAGGAGCGCGAGCGACAGCUGCAGCGUGAACUUGAGGGUCUUGACGAUGACAGUUCUUCUGACGAUGAAGGGCCUGCUGAUGUUACUCCUCAGCACAGCACUCCUACCCAAAGUCAGGUCUUGCCCACCCCUCCAGUGCCUACAAUUUCUGUCCCUGAACCCCCCUCCUUCGCUCCCGAGCCCGAAAGCUUGCCCAGCGAAGCGAGCUCGCCCGAGAGCAGCCGCGCCAUCCCCGCUGCUACCCCCGAUGCCGAGUCUAAGAACCCUUACUUCAAGACUAUGGGUCAACAGUCUGAGUCGGUUGCUUCACCACCAGCUUCGGCUCAGUCCACCAACCCCUUCCACCGCUUGACGCAGCAGGAGCCCAUCAAGCCAACCUUCACCGGUGCCGCGCCCCUGGAACGCAAGACUCGCGCCCGCCCUGAAGCGGACGAUGACUGGUCUGCUGCAGGUUCCGAAGCCGACUCAUCUGACGAUGAUGACGACGACCGUCCAACUGGAGGAAGCGCCAAGCAGCUUGCCAGCAUCCUGUUUGGCACCAUGGCUCCCCCGCGUCCUCUGAGCGCUAUGGACGAGGACAAGCCGGCUUCUAACUCCGCCACCCCAGUCCAAGACAGCCCUAUCGCACCCCCUCCCCCUCCCCCAGCACAGCUACCCCCGGUCCCUGCUAUUCCCAGCGAUGGUGCGACACCCACCCCACCAUCUGCAGUACCACCGCCUCCUCCACCUCCUCCACCUCCCCCUGGAGCUGGUGCCCCAUCUGCUCCUCCACCACCCCCACCUCCAGGCGGAGCCCCGUCUGCUCCGCCCCCACCACCACCGGCCGGUGUGCCCCCUCCACCUGCACCCGCUCCCGCAGGUGGUCCCGGCGGCCGAGGUGCUCUUCUUGCAUCCAUCCAGCAAGGCAUGACCCUGAAGAAGACUCAAGUGAAUGAUCGCAGCACGAGCUCUUCUGCUGGACGUGUCCUGUGA